CACUCUUUGGCUCUUAUAUGAAGUUUUAUCGCCUCUUCUCUGGUCUGCGAUCAGUGUUUUACUCUUUGUUAUAGCUUUUAAGUGAACACCAAUUAUACACAUAUUAUAUAUACAUUGCAACACUUAUAUACAUAUAUGUCAUACGAAUCUAUAGUUGUUAUAUAUAUAGAGUUUUUAUAGUUUAUUAAUUGAUUGACUAAAAGAUGUACAAAAAAGAGAGACCUAAGCUUAGCGUCACUGCAUUACUGUAUGGCACACAGAGUCCUAAUACUUGGCCCCAACAACACUCAGGUUCAAACGGGUCGGCCAACAGCGGGUCGCCGUCCAGUUCUAUACCUCAAUCUCCAUAUCAGAGCACACUCUCCAACAACUAUAACGGACCGGCCGUCUCAUCACCACAAGUGUCAUCUCCACAAUCUGGAGGACGAUAUCCACCCAAUCAUCCCUUAAGCGGAUCCAAACAUCUUUGUUCCAUAUAGGCAAAAAACCUGAAAUCAGUACAACAGGUGGAAACACUACGCGAGAAGCUGUACGCCGUACUGGAGGAGUACUGUAAGCACAGUUACCCGGAUCAGCCAGGGCGAUUCUCCAAACUAUUGUUACGUUUGCCGGCACUCAGGAGUAUUGGUCUCAAAUGUUUGGAGCAUUUGUUUUUCUACAAACUUAUGGGAGAUUCCCCUAUCGGUAAGAAAGAAGCGAUAGACAACUUUUUGAUGUCAAUGCUUGAGUCCGGGAACGAUCCCUAAAUUGUGUUUUCGACAUACGAUUGAUAUUAUUUAAUGAAAUUUUUAAAUUAUACGUUACUAUUAAGGAUUAGUUCGUCAAAGUGUUUAAGGAUUUUACCUAUAAUUUGAUUAUUUAGUAUUUUCUUUAUAUACUACUACUAAUGAAAUCAUCUUUUAUUAUAAUUUUAAACACAUAAAACUCAUACAAAAAUAAUCAUUAAUGAAAAUGUUUGGAAGAGUUGUGUAAUUAGUUUUGAUGGCAUUCUUCCUAAGAGAAUGUGUGUUAAGAAAGCAAACGAUGAUUUGAGAAGUUAUGUAUAGUCUGUUGAAAUCAAAUGUUAAGGAAAGAGAGACUAACAAUCAAAAAGAUUUAUAACUUAUAUAAUAAUAAUAUAUAUAAUUAUUGCCGAGAAAGAGAUCUAAUAAAUUUAAAAUCUAAAUUAUAAUAUAUUUUUAGACUACGUUUGAGACAAAUGUUAUUGUAUUUGAAAGUAAGCGGUAAACGAAGAGUUGAGUUGUUUAACAGAGAGUUUAUGUGUAGAAAAGAAAAGUAAUAAUUAUUUGUAAAUUAACUUAAAUUAAAACUAAAUUUAUUUAUUUUCAAUUAUUGCAAUUGACAUCAGAUUAUAACUCAAUAUAAAUUGAUUGUUAAACUGAAACACAAACA